UCCAAAGACUGCUGGCUCAUAAGGACGAGCAGGAUGUGUCAGAGGUAGAACAUCUUCAACUGUUGGCUUUUACCUUUUGCAUUAGGACAAGUAGAGUGCCACUCUUCCUCCUCCCUGUUAAAUGAGCGAUGAAGAUGAUGAUGAUCCAGGCCUCCUGUAGGAAAGGUCUGCAGGUGUGUUUACUCCUACUGAUGGUGGGAACACUACAGGGCAGGGUAACUGCACCAGAACGUCAGGAGGCUCCCGUGGAGAAGCCCUUCACUUUGACUUGCACUGUUUCGAGGGACCGAGGUGAGACUCUGAGGGAGGUGCGUUGGCUGGAUGUCCAGAAUCAGACCCUGCUGACCUACCAGCCCGGCAACAGAGACAGUGUGAGCGGGCAGCAGUAUGUGGAGCUCGCCCCCUCCCCGAAAGACACCUCGGCUAUCACUAUCCGCAGGGUGGGCUUCCGUGACGAAGGCUGCUACACCUGCAUCUUUGACAUGCAUCCUUCUGGUUCAAAGCAGGGACAGACGUGCCUCACUGUGACCUCGCAAAUCACCGCUGAUAGAAACAAGACAGCAGUAAGCGGCAAGAAGAUCUCCCUGUCAUGUUCCUACGGUCUGCCCGAAAAGGUGGAGCAGAUCAUAUGGACACACACUUCUGCACAAGGGGUGUCCACAGAGGUGGCUUCUUUUGCAAAGCGGAGCGACCCCAUGAUAGAGCCUCAGUUCCAGGGGAGAAUCUGGCUGAGUGCCUCCCUGUCUGACAGUCAGCUCACCAUCCAGCCUGUCAAUAUCCCGGACGAGGGCUGCUACACUUGCCUGUACAACACAUAUCCCAAUGGGCCGAAGAGCUCCACGGUUUGCCUCGCCACCUAUGUGCUGCCCAAACCACAGGUGAGCUACAAGACAACCUCUCCAGGUGUGAUUGAAGCCAACUGCACCUCAGUGUCACGGCCGCCAGCAGAGAUAGUGUGGAACGUGGAGAGGGAUAACCGCACCAUGGGCCCUCCUGUGACGACACAGAUCCUACAGAGCGACGGGACCACUCAUGUCAUCAGUACGCUAACCGUCCAAUCAGGGCUGCUGAAAGACGUGUCCAUCAAAUGCUUGGUGCACCACAAAGGGCUCGAGUCACCGAUUGCUGUAUCCAUGAACACUAAAAUUGGGACGGCUCUCACCAUCCUGAUCUCAGUCACUACGGUGGCUGCCCUGUUGGUCAUGUCCCUCUGCUUCUGCCUGUGGAAGUGUUUCCUGCGCAAAGAAGCUGAUUAAUCUCUCAGAUCAGAACAAAGGCUGAAAACAAGAUGCAGUGCUUCUCAGAGCCAACCUUGAAGAAUAGUUUCCCUGCAUCAUCAUCAUCGUCGUCGUCGUUGUCAUC